ACAGUAGAGGCCAUACAUAGAAUGCCAUUGUGGAGUUUCCAAAGGAUGGGGUUGGAUUUUAAAAUGCAAUUACCUUUGAAGAUCACUUUCAGGAAGAAGGAUGUCAAACAGGACUGGAAUGCGAAGAAGUAUCGGGUCUCACAGAUGUUUGGAUGGUCGCAAGAUCUGAUGAUCUAAACUCUUAUGAGGUGAUAAAGGUCUAUUUGCAGAAAAAUGUUGAUCUGAAAACUGUCGGUGAUCUUCAGCAUGAAGGAAGAUAUAAAUUUGACAAGUUUGUAUCCAAUUUGGCCAGUGAAACUGAGGUUAAAAACAAAAAACAUUGAAGCACCUGGAUGCAAGUACAAGGAUACAAGUGCAUCAAUUGGCAAGAUGAUGGAGCGAAAGGAGCAGCUGCUCCACUCUUACAAUGAAAGAACUGGACUAAAGAUCCAAGAAGCUUGAUGAGCUAGCUGCUCAAAGUAACUCUGAAAGAAAAAGAACACAAAUUAAAACAAAACAUCUUAAGAUGGUAGCGUUGGAGCAACAGAGUGCCGAGGAAACUGCGUUGCAUCUUGUGGAAAAACACAAGAGGAAGAAACAGUCCACUCUAGAUAAGAUUCUCAAGUUAGAACAACAAUUGAAUGUCAAAAGCAGAAGCCUGAGUUCAAAAAACAGUUGCAGUGCAAACUGGAAGUAAUGAAGCAUAUUCCAGGUCAAAGAAGAUAGAACAACUUCGUGAGGAGCUGCAAGAAAUGGAGUCACACAGCUAGAGUGUUGUCAAGAAUCAGAAGAGAAACGAUGAGCUGCAAGAUGCUCGUAAGGAGCUGAUAUAUGGCUUGCUCGAACUUACAACUGGCCGAUCAGCAAUUAUAGACAUCAAAGGAAUGGGUGUGCUUGACCCAAAAGCAUUCACAAAUGCUUGCAAAGGGAAAUUCUGACAAGAAGAUACAAAACUUACUGCUACUCUGCCGCUAUUCUUUGUUCAAAGUGGGUGCUAACUGGCACCUUUUUCAGGGUUGCCGUUAUUGAUGGCAAAGAGAAGGAAUUACUUUCGGAGAAGGACGACAAGUCGAGACAACAGAACUGAACUGAAAGAAGUCUGGGAGGGCGGGCGAAGCUGCAAGGGGAGCAGGAUUUUUUUUCUUUCUGGAGAAUCAAAUCGGGCCAGGAUUUCCUAUGAGGCAACACAAAAAGGGAACACGGGCCGGCCCAUCUAAGGGCCCCUUUAUAAGCCGAGGACUGGAAUUUUCGGGGCCUCGUCCCAACGGCUACCGUCUUCGGGGUCUCGCAACGACGCUGCCGCCGCUGCCGGUCCAAGGCGACGCCGCCGCCGCUGCGGGGCCAAGGGGACGCCUCCGCCGCCGUCGCCGUCGCUUCCUCGUGUCUGAUCAGCAGACGGCGGAGGGACAGAGCGGACGCGCGGCGAGCUCUUUCUGGCGCUUCUCCGGCGCGAGAUCUACUCGGGCGACCCUCUCCCCCGAUCUUGCUGCAAGUAACAAGACUAUAAGAGGCUCCUCGGAUACACUGCAGCUACCGCUCUUAAAAGAUGAGUUCCUUUAACAUUUCGAUUGCUCUUAAUAGAAUUAGAAAGCAUAUGGACUAUGAUUUUUGUGAUGUUUAUGGAGUGGUCAUAAAACCAAAUAAAUCCUCUUUAGUUGAUUACCUAUCUACCAUUGAUAAAAAUGAGUUUGCUCCUGUUUUAGGAGAAAAGGUUCUCACCAUCUGUCCUUUACUUUCUGAAGAUAUGAUAGAGCUUCUAAUUGGUUUGCUUCAAAUUUUUAAAGAUAUGUUCAGUGCAAAUCUUUGUCUACGUAAUUUUGAUGAGAACCACAUAAUUGUAGUGAAUGGGAGUGUUCCAAAAAUUAGUCAACAUGCCGUAUUCGUGGAACUAACAGAGGGGUAUAUGAAUCAGAACGUCAUGUGGUUAGGCCAAGUAAUUGAGAAAACCAUUUUUGCUGAUUGUGAUCUUUUGGGUGAAACAGAGGACUUUCUUGAACUUUUUAGGGCUGAUGGGGCAAAAAAAUUUGAUCUCAUAAUUGUGCAUCCGACACUCGUACACAUUUGUUUUAAAAUUGACUAUGUUUGCAAUACGCAUGAUUUUCUCUUAAAAUUCAUAAAAAAAUUAGAUAACCUAGCUUAUGAGGACAUAAUUAAUACUCUUGAAUUUCCAGCUGACUGGGAGACCGAUAUUGAUAGCAAUACUCAUUUGACCAAGUGCUAUGGGAACCGGGAAGUGAGGAGACAAAAGUCGCGAGUUCAACCGGGACAACAAGCAGCAGUCACAGCAAUAGUUCAACCGUGUCAGGGACAAAUUGCUCCAAGUCAAGCACCAGCCACAUCAAUAGUGCAUCCUACCAAGGGUAGUGUCCAUGUUGCUCCAGAUAAUCAAGCUGUCAGCAAUAGUGGGACUCCACAUGCCGCGGCAGAUCACCAAGGGGUGAGCAACAGUGGGAGGAACCUACCCAAGAGAAACUCUACUCCGGUCAGCAACAGUGGUAGGAAUCCACCCAAGAGGAACUCUAAUUCACAACCCGUGUGGAAGGAGAAGGUUAAACAAGUUCAGCCAGCCACGUGUGUGCCAUCAAUGUCUAGGAGAGCCUCAAUGAGUAAACAGCAAGGACAGCUUGUGCAAGGACAGCCAUCGAGGAAGGGCAAGGCUCCAUUGACAGCAUAUGCAAAGCUGCCAAAUGUUCACCCCUCGCAACAGCAAGCUUCAUCUUCCAAGCAACAGCAAGCUUCAUCUUCCUUGCAACAGCAAGCUUCAUCUUCCAAGUCUUCAAAGAAGAAAAAGUACAACCUACCUGGGACAAAAGCUCCUGAAGAAGUUAUGAAGUAUUACAGAAAUAGCGGGCGGCAUGGAGCGGACGAGUCGGUUAAAAAUCAGCAAGUGCAGUAUGGAGUCAAGGCGCUGAACAUAAUGCUACUUUACCACUUCCAGAAGCUUCUAUGCAGUGCUCUCAAAGGGAUUCACAGAAAGAACUACUUGAGUCGCAUGGAGAGUCUGCCCAGGAUUCUUCGUUAGACCAAGGUCAACCACUAGGACCUUCUAAAGAGCUGCUCAGUGUGUAUUAGAACUGCGAUUGGUCGCUAGGUCGGUGGCCACUGUGGACAAUAUUGCGUUGUCUGCUGCUGUGUAUAUUACCAUGGAUCACUAGUACUGUCAUACGAAACAAUACUGCAAUUGGAAACUUAUAAGUAGCUUGUUCAUUGGAAACUUAAUUAUAUGAUAUCCAGGAGAAAUACUGCAAUUGGCAUACCACUAUAAA